UUCGAGCUCCAAGACAUCUAGUAGUCAUCCGAUUUUACUUAACUUGGGAUAGCUAUUUUCUAAGCCAUGGAGGUCAUGGAGCCUCUGGCCGGGAUCGUACACCCUUUGACCCGGUUGUUUCAAUUAGAAAUUCGUUUUUUGGCCAAAUUUGUUUUCACUUUUCGACCAUGGCGUACGGGUAUGUAACAUUUGCCUGCCAGCCGCCUCUGUUUAGAAAGCGAACCUCCGAACCUCCGAACCUCCGAACCUCUCCGAGCCGUUCCGCCUCAACGGACAGGGGACUGGGACUGGAACUGUGGCCGGACUGUCCGCAAAGAUGAUAAGCAGAACAAGAGGUUGACGACGAAGACGAUGACGGUGAAGAACUUUGCUGAACGGGGUCCAAAUAGCUGCAAGCGUUUUUUUUUUUUUUUUCAGGCAAAAUUCCAAAAUGAAUACCGAAAUUCAAUUCAAUUCAAUUGUGAAUUGAAUGAAUCUGCGCGAAUGAUGGGCCUGGGCCUGGGCCUGGGUAUAGGUCUUUGGUCUGGGGUCUGGGGUCUCGGUGGUGGUGCUGGUGUAUGUGUAUAUAGGCAAAAGUACACAGAGUGCCGAGCGAACCGUUGACUCCCUUGGCAAUUUACCGUUGCCCAGAGCCAGAAGUGUGAGGUACUUUAAAGUCAUUUGCAUUUGGUCGGAUCGGGUCUCGGGUAUAAAAGGCAUCCAGUUGGGGCGGUAAUGUAUCAAACAUUCAUUACCCAUCCGGGCGAGAACACACGACUCCAUCUCCGCCACCGCCGCCGCCUCCACCACCAUUCGGGUUGCUAGAAAAGUUCUCUGCCUCAGAGUAGUUUCCAACUCAGCCGCAACUUCGCCGCACAGUCAAUGAUGAAGCACCAAGUGUCCCUGGUCCUGCUGGGUUGCCUGCUGGCUGCUUGCCUCGUCCAGGCCAGCCCCGGUCAGGAGAAGCCCAAGUCGGCGGCCCAGCUGCUAAAGGCCCGACGCAGUUCCUACUUCAAUGAGCCGGCCCUGGCCAAAUUCAGAUCGAACGACGCCGAUCUCGCCGUGGCCCUGGACCAGAAGGCCGACCAGGAUAAGCUGACCGUUGGUGGUGCGGCGGCUCAGGGCAGCAGCAGCUCGACAGGCACCAAAGACGCUUCAAGUGGACGCCUCUUCCUGAAGAAGUUCCUCAUGUUCAAGAACAUGUUUAGCAGCAACAGCCAGCCCGUGAUCCCCAUCAUUAUCACUGGAGCUGGCACUGGCACCACCGGCACCACCGGCACCGCCAGUCCCACUGUGACCGUCACUUCCACGGGUACCAUUCCUUCGGCCACGGGAACCAUCACCACCUCACCCACGACAACAGGCACAACCACAGCUCGCCAAGGCGAUGCCCUACCCUAUGGAGCCAAUGCGGAAGAAGACGAUCCAGCGGAUGCCGAUGAGCCUCAGGCCCAGGCCUAUCCCGGCGCCCUGGCAGCCAAUGCCGAGAUGCUCGACGAGCAAGCCUUGGAGGCAGCCCUUGCCGCCGGAGCCCAGGAAUACGAGGUUGUGACCGAUGCGGAGGUCCAGGGCACCGGCGCCACCGAGAGCAAGGCCACCCAGAACAACCUUAUAAAUCUGCGCCGCAAGGGAGCUCGUCGCGGCCAGCAGAUAAGCGUCCGCAUUCCUCCUCGCUACCGUCGCUACUUCAAGAACGGCCAGAAGGUGAUGCUCAACACCAACCGCCGCCCCAACAAGCGCCGUGUGGUAAGGAAGCGCGUCCAGAACAAGAAGCUGCAGAACCGUCGCCGUGUGAACGGAGGCGGCAACAAGAAGAACAACAGGAAGAACAGGAACAGGAACAAGGGCAACAAGCGUCGCGUCACAGCCGUCUAGGCGGUGACACACAGAGAGAAAGGGUGAGCUACUCCCCCCACCCCCACCCCCAGGCUCGAUCGGAGAUCGUUGAUCCCUUCCACACGAACAACACACAGAUUUUUUUUUCUAAUUUAUUGUAGCUAAUUUUUGAUUUGAGGCCCCACUCUAUUUGGGCAUACACAGAAUAAAUGAAUUCUUUUUGAAAAGUA